AUGCAGGUCCUUAUCCGCUUAACGAUGGCCGCUCUGUUGGUCCUCACUGUACUCUGGGUCGGAUCGCAAGUGAGCACAGUCCAGCAACAGCAGGAGGUUAUCCCCGAAACAAAUCCUCUGGAGGAUGAAUAUCAAUCCAGCAAACCUACCCAGUCUAUACAGCCGGAUAUUGCAGACGUAUCGCACACCCCUUCAGCAACGCCCUCCCCAUCAAUGGGUAGGAAGAAGCGUCCUUCGAUAACGGACCUCCUUCCUUCAUACCAGAAGGACACUGCAUCCCCUCAAUGGGUCAUCGACAACAUGCUGGACACGACGCAGACACCCAUUGACGGCGUCAUUGUCGUCGGGCGACUCAAGUUCGAAAGACCUGACUGGCUCAUCAAUGAAUUGCCCGACUGGCGCCACGCAAUCUACACGCGCGACGACCGGCGCCACCCCCUCAGCAUCCCCAAAAACAAAGGCAAAGCCAGCACCGUCUACCUCCAGUACAUCAUCGACCACUACCACCAUCUGCCCGCGACGAUUGUGUUCCUGCACAACCACCGCAAACCAGGUCACACUGAGUUCCGCGACUACGGGAACGUGGCAGCCGUUACUUUUCUCCGACGGGAUUUUGUGCAGAAGAACGGGUUCGCUAAUCUCCGCUGUACUACUAGCAGUAGUUCUGGUUCCAAUUCAAAUGACGAAUGUGGGAAUGUGAUCCGUCCGAUUUCCGAUGCCAACGAGACUAGUGCGCAAGUCACAACGAUUGAGCAGGAGUAUCCGGUCAUUUGGAAGACGGUCUUCAAUAGCACUGAUGUGCCGGAGAAGAUUGCGACGCCGUAUUGUGGACAGUUUGCGGUGUCGAGGGAGCAGGUGCACAAGCGGCCCAGGGAGGAGUAUAUGAGGUAUCAGCAGUGGGUGAUGGAGACGAAGUUGAAAGAUGAGGAGAUUGAGCAGGUGAUGGGGUCAUUGUGGCAUGUUAUUUUUGGGAGGGAAGCUGUAUAUUGUCCUGAUACGGCCAAGUGUUUUGAGGAUGUUUAUGGGUUGUGA